UUUUUAUACUUUCGUGUGUUGAUGAGAAGUUUUUAGCAUUGGAUUUUUUAGUAUUUUUCGCGAAAAGUAAAUUAAAAUCAUGCAGAUAAAUUUAUCAUUGCUCUUUCUUUUAGUUUGUCUAUUUACGGCUCACAGCCAAAACUUAGAAAGUGUUAGUGAUGACGACCUACUGCAGCUGAUAAAACAGAAAGAAAAACUUAUAGUUUUCUUCACAAAACCGAGCUGUGAAACAUGUUUGAAGUUCGAACAGCAGUUGAACGGCAUCCACGAGGAGUUGACGCAGCAAGUGGGCGCGGAGACCGUGCGCACAGAGAACAGCCACCUCGCGCGCCUCUACAACCCCACCAAGGAACCAGCCAUCGUCUUCUUCAGGCAUGGCAUCCCUCUUCUGUAUAGUGGAGAACCAGAUGCAAAUGAGAUUUAUGAGUACUUUGAGAAGAACAAAACUCCAGCAGUGAAAGAGUUAACUGACAAGAUAUUUGAACACAUGACACAGGCAGCCACGGGGGCCACCACGGGAGACUGGUUUGUCAUGUUCUACGGCGCCUCAUGCGUGGAGUGCCAGCGGCUGCACGCGGUGUGGGAGGGCGUCGGGGCGACGCUCCGCGGCAGGGUGAACGUGGCGCGCGUGGACGCCGCGCUCGCCGGCGCGCUCACGGCCAAGAGGUUCCAUGUCACCAAGCUGCCGACUUUCUUGUUCUUCCGCCUCGGCAAGGUGUACAAGUACGAUCUGCCGAAGCACGACGUCAAGUCGUUUGUGUCGUUCGCGCAGGACUGGUACAAGAACGCCAAGUCUGACCCCGUGCCGCUGCUCGCCUCGCCAUUUGACGAAAUCGUAGACUGGUGCGUGCAGAUGAUAAAGUUUGCCGUUGAAUUGGGUUUGAAAAUUCUCAAUGAGCAUCCGUGGAUCUGGCAGAUAGGAGUGGGGGGCUUCGGCAUGGUGGUGAUCACAGGCGUCAUCGCACUCCUGAAGGCGCAGGCCAGCCGGCCGCGGCCCGCUGACACUAAGAAGGAUAAGAAGAGCAAGUAAUGCUUAAGGAGCUACUAUGAUAGCAAAUUUCCUUACACAUUAUUUCGAUUGUGGAAAGAUAGUUUAGGAAAUAUAAUUCAUCUAAUGAAAGUUGAUGUCGUAGGCAUUGUUUAGAUGUUUUCUAAAUAAUUAACAAUAUCCUAUCUGCAUUUAAUUUAAUAAUAAGUACCUAAGUGUAAUUGCAUAAUACUACUACAUAAUACUGUGCUGUGUG